AUGGAUCAGUACACAGAUGAAAGGGUAUCUGGUUCUUUGUUGAACACAAGAGCUAUGGCUAAAGAAUUGGCAGGUGUGGAUUUGGUGGCAGAGCUGGUUGGAAUGAGAUUGGGUCCAAAAGGAAGGAAUGUAGUGCUUAGAAAUAAAUAUGGUCCUCCCAACAUAAUUAUGGCGAAAUUGUUCUUAAAGAGAUCCAUCUGGACAAUCCUUUGGAAAAUGUCAAGAGUAAAAUUGGUUAGGGAAGCUGGUGCCAAGACUAAUAAUCUUGCUGGUGAUGGUUGCACAACAUCUAUAGUGCUUGCUCGUGAUCUGUCAUUAUCUUUCUCUAGGUUACUGCGACGGGAGCAAAUGUUGUCCAAGUGUGAGAGAACUGCCAAAGCCCUUAUUUCUGAGCUCAAGUUGAUGUCUAGAGAGGUUGAGGAUCACGAGCUGGAAGAUGUUGCUGGUGUUAGUGCUGGCAAUGAUUAUGCCAUCGGGAACAUGAUCUCGGAAGCUCUAAGACAGGUUGGGAGAAAAGGUGUUGUCACAAUUGAGAAAGGGAACUAUACUGAAACCAGUCUAGAAGUUGUAGAAGAUUACAAACCAAAGGACAAUGCAGUAAAGGAGAAAAACCUGGUUUUGAUAGUCGCAGAGCGCAUUGACCAGAACACUCUGGCUCCA